UGGUGCUUACACGUGUGACGAGUGUUUUGUUUGUGACUGUAAUUUAGUUAGAAAAAGUGUAUUGUGCAGUAUAGUAAUUAAAACCACAUCAUGGAAGACACGGAAUCGAAUUCCAGCGAUGCUGAUGAGAAUCCAUGGCCACAUUUGACUGAGUAUGUUAAAUUUGUAUCCAGAUCGGGGCAACAAAUACUUUUUGCGUGUAAGCGAUGCUUGCCGAAAGACACCAAAAUAAAAGUUCAUUUAUCAAGCCUGAAUAAUUUGAAACAACAUGUAAAAAGGGUACAUGAGUCACAGUACGUACAGUUUGAAGAGAUUGUUAAGGCGGGCUCUAAUCGGGGCAAGACAAAAAGGAGAACUCAUUCUGACAAUGACAGCACAAGUAGUCCUAAUCCUGUUAAAAGAAGAAUACAACAGGGACGACAGCUGACCGUCGGGGAAUCAUUCGGGAUUGCAGCUACUGGCAGUGGCAAAAAUCCACCAAAUACAGACAUUCUAAGAAAAAGAAAAAAGGUUGCAACUCCGAUGCAAGUUGUGGUUAAACCGACAGAUUAUUAUACCGAAACUGAAAGAGUUACAACGACAAAUAAUCCUGAGGACGAGUUUGAUAGUUUUGGGAAAUACAUAGCCACUGCUUUAAGGUCUAUGCCUCCAGAGUUUGCGAUAAUAGCAAAAACCGAAGUUCAAAAAACAUUAUCUGAAAUCCAAUUAAAGAUACUUAGGGAAAUGCCUGCUGGUGGUAGUAUCAUUCAUCAAAAGCAACAUAUUCAACCACCACCAGGUUAUGAAGUAUCGACAAUAAGCGAAAACAAUGAUCAAAAUGCAGAAUGCACAAGUCCUAUCCCUGAUUCUUGUUAUCCUUGUUUAAUUAAAAUAGAAACGCUAACUGAUAAUAAACUGUAAACUUGUGUAGACUUAC